CUGGUUUCCCACACACACACACAGCCGCAGUCAGUCAGCCAGCCAGACAGACGGUCUCUGCGCAGAAACAGCAGCAAGGAAACAAACUCUCCUCCCGCCGCUUACACACCAACAACUGUCGCAGAAGUAAAGUCGACGCGAUGUUAAAAGUGAAAGGCUUCCGUUUAGUGUGAGGAGACUGGGAAAAACAAGGCUGCGGAAAGUGAGUAAACUCUGACAGCAGCUGGAGAAAUUAACCGAAGGACUCGGGGACCCGCCGCACGUGGAAAUUACUACUGAAACACAUCGGAAGUGUGGAUCUCGUUUUCUCCACUCAAACUAUUCUCCAGUUGUUCACUCCUGCCUUCUUCAGAGAUGAGCAUCAAGUCGGCCAUAAACAAGGAGGUCUUCAUACCCCACGAUGAGAAGAUGCUUGUUGCUGCGCAGGUGAAGAGGAGGACCAAGAAGAAGAUCCCCUUCCUGGCCACAGGUGGUCAGGGAGACUACAUGACCUUCAUCUGCAUCUCAGUGACUAAUAAGAAACCCUCCUGCGUGUCCAUCACUAAGGUGAAGCAGUUCCAAGGAUCUUCUGCUUUCACAAAAAGGUCACAGUGGACCAUCGACCAGCUACGGCAGGUCAACGGCAUCGACUCCAAUAAAGACUGUCCAGAGUUUGACCUGAUGUUCGAGAAUGCUUUUGACCAGUGGGUUGCUUGCUCAGCAGGAGAGAAGUGCACCUUCAUCCAAAUCCUUCACCACACCUGCCAGCGCUACAGCUCCGCACAGAAACCAGUUUUCGCCAACUGUCAGUCCAAACUUUUGGGGGAAGGCCAAACUGUAGAUUCAGUCAUUUUCCGUUGCAAGGUCUAUUUGAAAAGAAAGAGGAAAGCAUUUGUUGCACACAACGGUCAUCUACUAAGACAAGGUAACAGCAUACUGCACUCGGCUGCGGACAGUGUGACGAGUGCCGUACAGAAGGCGAGUCAGGCUCUGAACGAGCGCGGCGAGCGAUUAGGCCGGGCGGAGGAGAGGACCGCGGACAUGAUGAACAGUGCCGAACAGUUCUCUGUUACUGCACAGAAGCUUGCCAUGAAGCACAAGUGUUAGACCACUGCCAAAACCAACUGGUCACCAAUUGCCAGUCGCUGUACAGGAGAAGGAUUCCAGAUUUUAUUAUUUUUUAAUAGAUUUAAUAUGAUUACUAUUUGUUAACAUUUUAAUGUUUUGGGUUGUUGAAUUCUGGUACAUCAUCUGACGGCGACACAUCUCGCUGGGGGGAGGAACAGAGGUAACCAACGCUACUUCAGACUGUCAGCCGAAUGUUUCGUGCUCCUGUUUGCCAAAUGUAUUCACAAGCUAUGACUGUGUUAACCACAGCCAAUCAAAACACUUCCCCUCUUCAUAUGCUCACGUGAGAGUCAACAUGCUGACAAGUCAUUAUCAGCAAUCACUCAAAGACCAGGAACAGCUUGUAUCGCUGGGUAUUAAUUGGUGAGAAUUAUUUAUGAGCACUGCAGUGAUUAUGCAGCCGCUGUCAUUGGUUUGUGACUGGAUUGGUUGACUGUGAACACACAAAACAUAUAUAAAAAAACACAUAUAUAGCACAUGCAUACCUGAAGAUUUUCUUAUCUGAUGCUUAGGUUUUUACCAGGUAAAUAAUUUGACGACGCAUUAGGUAGGAUGUGAUGUCAGGUAGAAGGAAUGAUCACAUCUGUGGAGAAAAAUAACUCCACCCUGAACAACCAAAAAAUCCCAAAGUAUUUAUUUUCAACAAUGUUUUAUUCUCUUUCGUCAACAUUCGGACAUUGCAGUCCUCUGUUUUGCUCUCUCACAACAGUAUUAGUCAAAAUGUUUUCAACAUAUUAUUUCAUAAACUGCACAUGACACGGCUUGGAUGGGUUUGUUUCUAUAACAAUAAAUGACAACAGUGAAAUAGUGAAGUCCUCUGUCUACCAUUCCAAAACAACCAAAACUACGUGUAAUAAAGUUCCUAACAUAUUUGGGAGUGUACUUGAAGAACUCUGUCUUGAAAAAAGCUUUUUUUAAUUAUAAUAAUUUAUGUUGAAUUCAGUAAACCAGCUUCUGCAUUGUAUAAAGCAACAUAAGGAAUAUCUUCUAGUACUAUUAUCUAGGUGUCUGUGGAGCUAAUUUGUCCUAUUACCAUGGGAUCUUAUAAAUGACUCUUGGCUGUAUUUCAACUUUAAUCAUUCAGUAGUCAUUUCUUUAUCUAUUUUUUAUAAUUUGGGUCGGUCAAUAAAAGGCUGUGUUUGCUGAUAGAUAACGGUCAAAAUGUCUCAAAUAGCAGCAGCAGCAGUGUGUAGUAGUUUAUUUGUUGUCAGUGCUCUCACGCUAACGGUAACCUUGGCUUUCUCACUUGCAAGAUGCUGCCCUCACAAUCGAGAUGUAUUUGAUUUAUUUUCUGAAUAUUUUAUAAUUCACAUUGUUAUAAUUCGCACUGACAACUUUAUCUUGCGGAGCACUGUCGAAGCUGAACGUUCCAGUUGCCUAACUGUUGGUGUGCUUUUGUUCCUCUCAAACACUUUGGAUGUUUAUUGUUUAAUAAAAUAAAUAUUUUAUAAUGUU